GCUUCGCACUCCGAAUCGCCAAGACUCGGUCCGAGCCUAAGCUCGUUCACUGUUCGUUGAAAAUUUCGCACAAUUUCGAUACUUUAUCUUUCUCUGCAACAUUUCAUAUUCUCUCUCUUCUCUCUCUCUAAACCUCCCCACGUCCAUUUCCCCCUACGAUUCAAAGCACACACAAAUUUGCAAAUCGAAGCAAACCGAGGAUCGAUUUGGAACUUCAAACGGUGGUAACCCUCGACGUCAAAGGUGCAAUUUUGAGGGUUAGUUUUGUUGUAGCUGGGGUGACAUGUUGUUGUUAGAAGAUAAGUUUGCUCCUGGACAUACUUUGUAUAUAUAUUAAAGUUACGUACUGGUUGGACCUUCAUAUGGAUGUAUUCCUAGUUGAAUGAAUGUUGAGGUUUCAAAUUUUCUUCAGCUCCAAGUUAAUUUUAUAAAAACACAGAAAUUAGCUGCUGAAAAUUUUGGGGAUUGAAUUAUCUAUGCCUGGCAACGAAGUUGGAGAAAGGGUUCACAAUUUCUUUGCACCAGACAACUUAUCGCAAGGACAGCAUCAUUCACAGAUUGCGGACGGGAAUUGGCAGGUGGUAGGUAACAAUCUGUGGGUUGGAAACCAGAGACAUAUUGGUGGACCAAGCUCCAAGUCAAAAACCUACAGUCAACAGCUAUCAGACAAUGAGAGAGGAAACAACAGUCAUUCCGUACAAGUGCCUUAUGGCUUGAGCUCCACACAAUCCACUCCUAGGCCAGAUUUUCCAAAAAAUCAGUCUCAAAGCCCACAGCCAAAUUUGAAUGGAUAUUUUCAUGGACAUCAGGUUUUCCAGACAAGACAGAAUGAAACAAACUUUCUGGGAGUGGAUACAGAAUCUGAUCAGCGCAAUAUAACAUCGGAAGGCUUAUCUAUCUAUGAAUUACAGCAAGGAAAUGGUCCUGAACAGCAUACAAAAAUCUCAGUAAGGUCUGAAACAUCUGAACCUCCAGUUGGUUUUGAUUUUUUUGUUGGUCAACAACAGAUGGGUAGCCAGCAACCACACAUGCUUCAAUCUUUACAGCGGCAGCAGUCUGGGUAUAAUGAGAUGCAGCUACAGCAACAACAAGUCAUGUUUAGGAAAAUGCAAGAACUUCAGAGGCAGCAACAACUUCAGCAACUAGAAGCAAGACAACAGAAUUCAAUAAAUCAGUUUUCCACCAUUGCUAAACAGGGAUCAGGCAACCAUUCACCUGACUUCAUUACUGGUAAUCCCCUUACUGAAGCAUCUCAUUAUCCUUGGGCUACUGAACUUGCAGCAGGUAACACAAGCUGGAUGCAGCAUGCUUCUUCAGCUAUACAAGGAUCUUCUAAUGGACUUAUGUUUCCCCCUGAACAAGGGCAGGCAAUGCGCUUAAGGGAUUUGGUUCCUCAACAGGUUGAUCAAUCUCUUUAUGGGAUUCCUAUCUCUAGCACAAGAGGCAAUCAGAAUCAGUAUUCUCAUAUCACAGUAGAUAUGCCUCCAGUGCAGCAAACAUCAACGCGCAGUAAUUCCUUUCCAGGUAAUCAAUAUGCUGUAUACCCAGAUAAGGUUAGCAUGCAGGAUGGAACUUUGGUGUCUGGACAGGGUUUUCAAGAGAAGGAUUCGGUUGGGCAUGCUUCUGGUCGAAGUCUAAAUAGUGGGAUGAACUUGGAGAACCUCCAGCAAGGGAAUGCCCUGCAAAGAAAUGCAUCCAUGCAGGAAUUUGGCAGGAGACAGGAACUGGCUAGAUCGUUAGAUACAGGACAGGAAAAAACUGUGAUGUCUGUUGCUCCUAAAAAUGCAGUUGCCCUCGAUCCCACUGAAGAAAAGAUUUUGUUUGGUACAGAUGAAAAUAUAUGGGAUGCUUUUGGCGGAAGCAUCCACAUGAACACAGGAGGCUCUAAUUUGUUAGAUGGUACGGGAUUAUUGAAUGGAUUCCCUUCUGUUCAAAGUGGGAGUUGGAGUGCACUUAUGCAAUCUGCUGUUGCGGAAACUUCUAGCAAUGAGACAGGACUGCAGGAAGAGUGGACAGGUCUGAGUUUUCAGAAUACUGAAGUUCCUACAGGGAAUCAUCAGCCUUCGACAUGUAACAACAGUGGAAAACAACAAACAUUUUUAGCUGAUAACAGGUUGCAGAUUGCAUCGGCAUUAAGUUCUGGAUCUGUUCCCCUGUCUGGGAAUGCCAAUAUGAAAAGUAAUUAUCUCAAUGUCCCAGCAUCUCAGCAAUCUGGACACAAAAUUUCGCAUGAACAUGGAGAACGGUUGCCGGGUAUUUUAUCUCACAUGUCCAUUUCACAAUCUUCAGAAGAAGGAAGUAAGUGGUCAAAUCGAGGUCCUCUACAAAAGCCGUUUGCUGAAGGGAGUCGGGUCCUUGGAAAUGGUCCUCAUUCUCUAGAUGUUGAAAUGAAUGUGAAGGGCAUUACAGGAUCUUGGACCCCUCAACAGCCUAUUCCUUCAUACAGAACUGGUUUCCAACCAUGCAAUAAGCCAAUUGAUAGGAAUGGUAUUGAGUCAGUAUCGCCCAGUGUGCAUGCACCAUUGAAAAUUCACGAGAAUGAGAAUUCUUUGCGAUACUGGCGAAGUAAUGAUAAGGGACCUAUAUCUGAGGAAAUGGGUAAUAACGGUGGUAUAUGGAAAGCUGAUUGUCUUUCUAAUUCAACUGGUGAAUUAGAACAUGCAAGAUCUGCCAUGGGAAGUCCAGAGGUAAACAGAGACGACUCUAGUUUGAAUGCUGUUGGUGUAUUACCAAUUUCAAGCACUACAAGGGCCAGACAGGAAACCAGACAAUUACUUCCAAAUAGUCGUCACCUUAACUACUGGAGAGAUGCUAAUUCUGCCUUGAAAUGUGAAGGAAGUGAGGCUUCAGGGAAGUCUCAGCAUUAUCUGAACAAGAGCCCUCAAGUUCCGGAGUUGUUGGUGAAUACCUCUGACAGGGAGACAGUUAAAAUGCAUGAAAUGGAGAACUGUGACAUAAAAGAGAACUCUAGUGACAGCUAUCACUCUAACUUAUCCCACCACAACUCCACUGGUGGUUUUAGAGAAAAUAUUUUGUCAGAUGCAAGUGAUUCUCGGAUUCUGCCUGCAGGCAAGCAAAAGUCAUCUGGUCAGGCUGCUCGGAGAAUUUCUGGUUCUCGCAAAUUUCAGUACCAUCCAAUGGGAAACUUGGAUGAAGAUGUGGAACCCUCUCAUGGAGCGAAACAUUCUACCCAUUCACAGGCUGUGUCCCAGCAAAUGUCUCGAGGAUCAAAAAGUCAUGGCCAACAGUAUUUUGGGCAGUCGAAACUUUUUGGCCAGGGUUCUAAAAAUUCUGUCGAAUUGGAAAAGGGGCAUUUAUCUAAUCUUCAAGGAAACACAAAAGGGCUUGAUGAGGUACCUUCUAGAGGCAUUCUACCAGGCUCUAUGCGUAAUAUGUCUGCCCCCUUUGACAGUUCUGUUGGUACAUAUGCGCCAGAUAAGACUACUCAAUCAAGUCAAAAUAUGCUUGAACUUCUUCACAAGGUGGAUCAAUCAAGGGAAUGUGGCACAGUGAUGCCUUCCAACUCUUUUGAACGUAAUUCAUCAUCCAACAUGCCCAGAGAAGAUAUUGCUGAUGGAUCUGUUGGUAACCUUCGGCAAAAUCAGUCUGUUGCUUCUCAAGGUUUUAGUUUACAACUGGCACCUCCAUCACAACGAUUGCCUGUUCUCAAUCGUGCAUUGUCUGCUCAGAGCCCUGCUCAUACAGUUAAUUCUGAUGGUUUGAGUCUCACUACUCCUGAGAUAAAAGACAAGGGCCAUACAUGGUUGGCUCCUGCAGCUGAGGUUCGGUCUUUGCCUCCUUCCCAUGAAACAUCUCAAGUAGAAUUCAGGAAUAGCAAAACUGGUAUUCCGGGACAAACUGGCAAUGAAGCCUCCCAGCAUCAUAUCCGUGGAACCAUAUCUUCGGCAUUUACUUCUGGUUUUCCCAUUUCAAGAAGUCAGAAUCAAGAUCAGUGCAUGACCAAUACAAGUGAACUAGUGACAACAAAUCAAUCUACAGAUAUAACUUUUGAUAGGUUUGCUUCCCGUUCUAAACAGGCAGACGAGUCUUGUAGUCGAGCUCUUAUUGGUCAAUCUGCAACAGCCUUUUUGCCUGAUACAUCUGGCAGAAUUCCACAUAAUAACCCAGCUUCAUCUGUGGACGCACCCCACCCAACUGGCGCCAACUAUUCCUUUGGAAUCUCAGACCCACAACUCUCAGCUGAGGAGUAUGUGCCAGUCUCUCAGCCUUCCGUUACUACAUCUGGCACCUCUGAACAAAGUGCCUUUUCAAAAAUGUUGCCUAAUGUAUGGACCAGUGUUCCGACCAGUUUUCCAGCACAGCAACGUGCAUUAGGUGCCCAAUCUCACAAGUCUCUGAAUUUUUUCCAGUCUAAUCAAUCAAAUAAGAAUGUGGAAUCGACUUCAUUUGCUCCACAGAAUCUUGAGGAUGAAGAUCCCCAUAAAAGAGGCAAUGACCCGUCUGCUUUUGUUGCAAGCUCUACAAAUUCACAUGGUUUUGUUUGCGGGGAAGAGAAUCCAGCGAGAGAAGGCCCCAGUCAGCAAGUAUCAUCUGGGAACAUUGACCUUCGUGAAAAGAUAAGUGCAUCUCAAGGGAGAGAAUCCAUUAGUAAGCAUCUCUCUGAUGCAACUCCUUCGAACGCUGCUUCAAUUCAGAGAGAUGUUGAAGCCUUUGGCCGUUCUUUAAAGCCAAAUCACCAUAAUUACUCCUUACUGCAUCAAAUGCAGGUAAUGAGGAGUGCAGAGAAUGAUCCAAGUGAGAGGGGCUUGAAUAGAAUUCAAGGAACACACAGUGGUCAGGGAGGUCUGCAGGUAGCUCCUAGUACAGGACAGUCAAAUGAUCGCCAUACUAGGGGCGGAGAUGCAUUACUUCGUCGUAAUGUUGUUUUAUCUGGAGAUUCAGAAAUGCUAAGCUUCUCAGGGCCAGUAAAUAAUUGGGAAGCAUGCACAUCUUCUCAACUUCGGAAUGAUCCUCAAAUUUACCCUCGUAAUAAUAAUACAGCUACUGUUAGGGUUGAACACCCUCAGAUUAGUCCUCAGAUGGCACCCUCCUGGUUUAAUCAAUUUGGAACCUUUAAAAAUGGGCAGAUGAUGCCAAUGUAUGAUUCACGAAAAAUUGCUGAUGUGAAGAGUUUGGGACAACCGUUUACUCUUGCGAAGCCUUCUGAUAGUUUGCAUGUACAAAAUUCAACAGAGCAAGUAAUUCCUGCUGCUGAUACAAAUCAGGUUGGUAAUACCUGGCGAACUUCAACUCCCAAAGAGGUUGCAACUGAAUAUUUGUCGUCUCCUCAGUUGUUGCAUCCAGAUGUCACUGACCAACGUUUGGUUGCUGUAAGACCGAAGAAGCGCAAGAGUGCAACAUCUGAGCUUCUUCCUUGGUGUAAAGAAGUGACACAUGGUUCCCAAAGUCUUCGGACUAUCAGCAUUGCAGAAGUAGACUGGGCCAAAGCAGCAAAUCGGCUGAUUGACAAGGUUGAAGAUGGAGCUGAAACUAUUGAAGAUGGAUCACCAAUGCUUAGGCCAAAAAAACGACUUAUCUUGACAACACAGCUGAUGCAGCAACUGUUUCACCCUCCCACAGAAGCAGUUCUCUCUGCGGAUGCUGCCUGCAACUAUGAGAGUCUGAUUUGCUUGGUUGCUAGAUUAUCAAUGGGGGAUGCAUGCAGCCUAAUCUCUUGCUGCGGGAGUAAUUCCCAUGGGCCUCUUGACAGCAUGAACCUCAUUUCUGAUAAGAGUAAAUCGUCUGAGAGGAUUAAUGAUCAGCAUCUUUCAAAAGUUAUGGAAGACUUCAUUUUUAGAGCUCGGAAGCUAGAAAAUGAUUUAUUGAGACUGGACAAGAGAGCCUCACUCUUGGACCUAAGCAUGGAAUGCCAGGAGCUAGAGAAGUACUCUGUCAUAAAUCGUUUUGCCAAGUUCCAUGGUCGGGGGCAAGGUGAUGGGGCCGAGAACUCAUCAUCUUCCAAUGCCGCUACAAAUGCUCAGAAACCCUUCCCCCAGAGAUAUGUUACUGCACUCCCAAUGCCUAGGAAUAUCCCUGACAGGGUACAAUGUCUUUCACUUUGAUCAUUAAUUUAAUUGAUUUUUCCUUCCCUUGGUCAACUGUAUCCACAUCCUUCUGCUUCCCAAAUCUCUUCUCUUGCAAGCAAUAUGCUGGCCACUUGCAACAACACAAUAGAACCACACAAAUGGAUAUGCAGAAGAAUGGAUGGUAGAUUGUCUCCUUAAAAGUAGUGGAGGCUCUUUGAUCUUUCCCAUCUUGGCCCCAUUGAUAUCAUAGUUCCCGCCAUUGUACAUCUCUGUGAAAAUUAAAGGAAUCUGGAUACGUCCCCGGUCAUUUUUGCGGUAAACGGGGAUAAAUAUAAGUGCAGCCUUGAUAUUCUGAAGCUUAGCUAGAUUUCCUGUUAUAUAAAUGAGUAUUCUUGUCAUUCACAA